UACUGUUAAUUUCGAUUUGAUUACCGGAUACUGCUUGACCAAAGUACGGAUAACGACAGCUCAUUUGCGCGACCUCCACCAAGUUCGACACAUGUUGGCGUCCUUCAUUCGGCGGACACAGCGCCAUGCACCGCUUAGGCCGUGCUUCUCUUCGAUUGCAUCCAAUGAACCAUAUCGGCGAGGGAACACUUGGCCUUCGUUGACACUGUCGGAAGAGGCAAAGGUUAUGAAGGAGCUCGACGCUAUCAAAACCAAUUUGGAAAGUACACCGACUGCGGUGUCGGUCGACUACUGGCGCGACGUGGGCAGAACUUUGGGAAAGUGUCGGUCCAGCGACCUCCUCGAGGCUGCCCGUCCACUUGUGACCAAGACCAGCCUCUUAGCGUCGCCCGUUGGCGUCGUCCACAACGAAAUGAUUCGCAUCUUGUUGAAUCUUGGCCUGCUGGAUGACGUCAUUGCGAUGGCCAAGUCGGGCGCGUUGCCGCUGACGAGCCGCACUGUGUCUCGUAUCCUUGGGGCAUGCGUCCGUGAGUCUAACAAAGACAAGUUCGUGCAGGGCUUCGAACUCUUUGACUUGGCCUGUACUCAGCAGCAACAAGUGCCGCACAUGUCCACCUUCCAUUCGCUCUUCAUCCUGUGCGCCAAAAGCAACGACCAAGCCCGAUUGGCGCAAGUCAAGCGAUACAUGCAACAACAUAAUGUCGCGAUGGAUGCCGUGUGUCAUGGCAUCUGCCUUCGCAUGGACUGCCGCGCCGGCAACGUGACCGAGGCCAUUGCUCGGUACCACCAGUUGACUAGAGACGGCAUGACGCUGCCCGUGAACCACUUGAAUGAUUUUCUGGACGACUUGACCGAAUCCGAUCAUUACGACGACGCGGUGCAAAUCUUUGAAACCGCGCAAACCAACAUGCCCAUCAAACCGUGGGGCAAGGCGCCACCUCUCGACGAAACAGCCGGUCGAUUGCCUCUGAAUGUCAUUUCGUACAACAUUAUGAUCAAGUUGUGCGGCAAGGAGCAUCGGAUGGACGAAGCGUUCAAGUGGUACGAGGCCAUGAAGGCCACGGGCCUCAAACCAUCGACGGUCACAAUCAACACGAUGCUGCACGGCGUAUUUCAUGGCCAGUUCCGGACGGUUAACGCGGCCGCCAUCUACUCGGGACUUGCGGGGCUAGGGGCCAUCGUCGCCACGGCCUUGUACUCGUCCGACUUGUCGGAGUCGACCGGCGCCAUUGGCAUCACGUCGGCGGUCGCCGCGUCCAUGGCCGUGGGCAUCUACGUAAACCCGUUCGGCGUCAAGAAAGCCAUCUACCCCAAUGAAUCUGGCCAGCGCGAGCCCAUCCCCCAAGCAAUUCUGCGACGUCUGGACGAGGAAGAACACAUUGGUCGGUUGAUGUUUCUCUGGCAGGAACUGCUCGGAUACGGCCUAACUCCAGACCUCGCCACGUUUGACAUCCUCGUGCGCACGUGCGUCCGCAAACGACAUCCGGAACUAGCUGCCACCGUGCUACUAGACGCGACCAACCCGAACUCGAUCGUGUCCCGCCGCAAGGCCAAAGGACCAUCGUACCACUUUGAGCUCAGCCUUGCCACGACCGUGCAGCUGCUGCAGGCGCUGGUAGCCCAGAAUUUGUUGCCCCUCUUUGACCAAGUGUUUACGUUGGCCAACGGAACCCACCGCUUCCAAGACAUCACAAAGCGGGUGCCAGAAAAAGGGGGACGGGGAGGUAUCCGGUAUACCCUUGGUGUGUUCCAGACCCCCAAGGCCACCGCCCUCGCCCUUGUGAAGCUCUUGAACCCACACAUGAAGCACUCGAUGCCGUCGCAGCCGAUUUCGUUCGAGGUGCAAAACUCGCAUGCUGUGCUGGACGUGCUCGAUGCCAUGUAUCCUGCCACAAGGGCGCUGUUUGUGAUGGAAGACGUGCAAGGGGCUGGCCAUGGUCUGGGCGUGCUACCUUUGAACCGUCAGCGCCUCCAAGCGCAUUUCAAGUCUCGACACCGAUGAUCCGUCGCCCUCGUAGUACUGCGAUAGGUGUAGACGCCAUUCUAUUCUUAGACAACCAACAAUCGAUCUUGCUUUGGAAUAUAUCGUCAC